AUGCUGUCAAGACUUGAGUACAGUAAUAGUGAUGAUGAUCCAGAAGGAGUAAUGGAGCAGAGUACUAUAAAGGCUGUUUGUUCCAGCAUACAGACUCGUGCUAGAGCUGAAGUGGUCACCUCUGAUUCCUUGAUUGAUUUAGAUGAUCUGGAUAAUGGUGUUAUGGAAAAUAUGACACAACGACAGUGGGGGAGCAUGCAAGCGCAAGAUAGAGUUUUGAGGCCAAUGAUCACAGCUAUCAGAGAUGCUAGGAAGCCACAUAGACGGAAUCUCUCUUUGGAACAGUCCAAGUUACUGAGAUACUUUGACAGUCUUGUUUUGGACCAAGGUGUGCUUUGCCGUGAUUCAAAGAGAAAUGGGGAAUGUGUUCGACAACGUGUGCUUCCUUCAGUGUUAGUUAACAAAGUUCUCCAUUACUUCCAUGAUUGUGUUGGACAUCCUGGAAGAGACAGGACACUCUCUUUGAUUCAGGACAGAUUCUUCUGGCCUGGGAUGACAAAAGACGUGGAUAAAUGGUUACAGAAGUGUCCUCGUUGA